UUGUUUAGGCUGGGUAUAAGCUCAUUUCGCUUCCAUUAGCGCAAGAUGAUGGGAGUCAUGUCAACUUGUUGCAGCUUGAUGUUUGCGCCUAGUCUUUGAACGCAUCUUUUUUUGUAGUAGGCGUUUGUUUUGAUUACGCAGCGGGCGCAACAGGGCGAGAAACCUGUUAUGUUUACGGACCUAUCACUAAAAAAAGACCUUUUGAAGCGUGUUUCUGAACAAGUGAAACUAAUGAUGGACUGAAAGAGUGUUCACGGAGAACCACAACACCGCGCCUUUUUUUUUUUGGGAGAAAAAUACACCUUCAUUUUUCUCACUCCCUUUCCUCUCCUUUGUUGAUUUUUUUUACAUCAACAGAAUGGCCCGCUUCGGAGACGACGUUCCGGGCUUGUUAGGCGCGGGCGACGGCGGCUUGGAGCGCAACAGGAGCCGCGAUGGAGCGGCCGGGUCCACGGGUGGCGUGUCCCCCGCCGCCUUCAAGCAGACCAAAGCGCAGCGCGCCCGCACCAUGGCCUUGUACAACCCCAUCCCGGUCCGGGAGAACUGCUUCACCGUCAACAGGUCCCUCUUCAUCUUGGGGGAGGACAACGUGGUGCGCAAGUACGCCAAGAAAAUCACUGAGUGGCCUCCAUUUGAGUAUAUGAUCCUCGCCACCAUCAUUGCCAACUGUAUCGUCCUGGCUCUGGAGCAGCAUCUACCGGGAGAGGACAAGACGCCCAUGUCAAAGAGACUGGAGAAAACCGAGCCCUACUUCAUUGGGAUGUUCUGUUUGGAGGCGGGAAUCAAGAUCAUCGCUCUCGGUUUCGUAUUUCACAAAGGAUCUUACCUCAGAAAUGGUUGGAACGUCAUGGAUUUCAUUGUGGUCCUCAGUGGGAUUUUGGCUGCAGCGGGCGCUCAUAUGAACAUCUCAGUGGAUCUGAGGACUUUGAGGGCAGUGCGAGUGCUGAGACCACUCAAACUGGUCUCAGGCAUCCCCAGUCUUCAGAUUGUCCUAAAGUCUAUCAUGAAGGCCAUGGUUCCACUGCUCCAGAUCGGCCUACUUCUCUUUUUUGCAAUUCUCAUGUUUGCCAUCAUUGGCUUGGAGUUUUACAGCGGCAAACUGCACCAUACCUGCACACCCCACCCUGGAAUACUCGGAAACGAGACCAUGGACCCCUCUGAGUUGGAGUUCCCAUGUGGCAUGCGUCAGUGUCCAUCCAAAUACACCUGCAGCAACACAUGGAUCGGCCCGAAUGAUGGCAUCACUCAGUUUGACAACAUCCUGUUUGCUGUUCUCACUGUCUUCCAGUGCAUCACCAUGGAGGGAUGGACCACUGUGCUCUAUAAUACCGACGAUGCCUUGGGCCCCAGUUGGAACUGGCUUUACUUCAUCCCACUCAUCAUCAUUGGCUCCUUCUUUGUCCUGAACCUGGUGUUAGGAGUCCUCUCUGGGGAGUUUGCCAAAGAGCGGGAGAGGGUGGAAAACCGCAGGGCCUUCAUGAAAUUGAGACGCCAGCAGCAGAUUGAGAGAGAACUCAAUGGUUACCGGGCAUGGAUCGACAGAGCAGAGGAGGUAAUGCUUGCCGAGGAGAAUACAAAUCCUGGACCCUCUGCCCUUGAUGCUCUCAGGAGGCUCCCUGAGUGGAGUACUGGCGGUGCCUAUGUGCUGAAGAGAGCCACUACUAUUAAGAGGCGAGGCAUGGAUACAGCGCAUCACAGGGCGCCGGGGGAGGAACAAUAUGGCGACAUUUCCUCAGUGGGCCUCCCCAUGGCGAGAGGGAGCAUUAGACGUGCCCGGCGAGGUCCUGCGGCGUAUUUCCGCCGCAAAGAGCGCCUCCUGCGCAUCUCCAUACGCCGCGUGGUGAAGACACACACCUUUUACUGGACAGUGCUGGGCUUGGUGGCUCUUAACACGCUCUGCGUAGCCAUUGUUCAUCACAACCAGCCCCUCUGGCUGUCUAACUUCCUGUACUAUGCAGAGUUCCUGUUCCUCGUGCUGUUCCUGGCCGAGAUGUUCCUGAAGAUGUACAGCCUGGGCCCGCGCCUGUACUUCCACUCCUCUUUCAACUGCUUUGACUGCAGCGUGAUUGUCGGCAGCAUCUUUGAAGUGCUGUGGAGUUUCUUCAGGCCAGGCACUUCUUUUGGCAUCAGCGUCCUUCGUGCUCUUCGUCUGCUUAGGAUCUUCAAGAUUACCAAGUAUUGGGCAUCUCUGAGAAACCUGGUUGUGUCGCUGAUGAAUUCCAUGAAGUCCAUCAUCUCCCUCAUAUUCCUCCUCUUCCUCUUUAUUGUUGUCUUUGCUCUCUUGGGCAUGCAGCUCUUUGGUGGCAGGUUCAUCUUUGAGGACUACACUCCGACGAACUUUGACACCUUUCCCGCAGCCAUCAUGACCGUAUUUCAGAUCCUGACAGGAGAGGACUGGAAUGAGGUGAUGUACAAUGGUAUUCGCUCACAGGGAGGAGUGAAGACGGGCAUGUGGUCUUCGAUAUACUUCAUAGUCCUCACCUUGUUUGGGAACUAUACUCUGCUUAAUGUCUUCUUAGCUAUUGCUGUGGACAACCUUGCUAAUGCGCAAGAGCUCACUAAGGACGAAGAAGAAGCAGAGGCUGCUUUCAACCAGAAGCAUGCUCUCCAGAAAGCCAAGGAGGUUGGCCCAUUGUCUUCCUUCAUGUCCUCAGAAGGAAGCCGAAGGAGGCGGCCCUACCUGUACAGAAAGAGAGCCAUUCACCGAAGUCGACCUACCUACUCCUGUUCCCUGGAGGAGGCGCAAGGCAGCAUCAGGGAGGGUCACCCUCUCCCGCCACUCAACCCGUCUAACUCUUUUAUGUCCAGGAGAGAGAGGAGAAAGAGAAUGACCAUGUCCGUGUGGGAGCAGAGGACUAGCCAGCUGAGGAGACACCGCCAGAUGUCUAGCAGGGAGAUUUUGUUUGGCAACCCCAGCGAAGAGAAAGACGGACCUCUACCUGCGGCCCAGUCCGGGCGGCAGCUGUCAUUGCAGCGCAAAGUUAUGCAGAACACGCCACCAGAGGGGGGGAAGCACCUGGACUCACCACCCAAAAAGCAGGCCUCAGGCGGUUCCAUGGAUCUGUCUGGUGAUACCCGCGAUCCUCCCAUGUCAGCACCGGAACACUCGAGCGUUAGCCCCAAUGAUCCUUCUGAGCCCCUUCCAGAGCCUCCCAAAUCAGAAAAUGGGAAACUGAACGUCGACGAGAGACACAACAACAUGAGCGAGCGAAAGAGUCCCAGGUUUAACGGCGAUCGUCAGCACAGGCCGGUCAAGAAGUUCAGACCACGAGAUGGUGGUGACGCUCUCACACCCCAGAUGGGAGGUCACGGUAGGAUUAGAGGCAGGAAGACGCAACAUAGCUACCAAAAUGGGGGUGACAGAAGUCAAGGAUCAUCUCCUAGAGAAGUAAAACACGAGUUAGCGAGUUGCCCGCUCAGCAAAGAGAGCAGCAGAAAUCCUGGGAAAGUCGAGGACAAAGAGGAGGCGAGUGAGAAGAGAGAGGACUCACUACUUGAAGAGAAAAGACAGGCUGACCAAAGUUGUGGCGUGAACACCGAGGCACCAGACAACCAUGCAGGUGUCCCAAAGCAGGCAGAUACUCCCCAGGAAGAAGAACCAUGUCCCCCUGUUGUGCCUGAGGGCAACGACGAAGACUUGGAUCAAUCUCAGCUCAGCUCCAGUGUGAUCGUUGAGAUGCCUGACAUGGAAGCAUCCAUGGAACUCUCCACAAUCACAGUCAACAGCAAGGAACCUGAAGCCUCCAAGUGUGAAAAGGAGGAGCCUGACGAUAAUGGACCAGUGAACAUUGUGACGCCAGACAGCAUGUUCAUCUUCAAACCAGACAACCUGAUGCGUCGAGCAUGUCACUACAUAGUAAACCUCAGGUACUUUGAGAUGUCCAUCCUGCUGGUCAUAGCCGCAAGUAGCAUUGCCCUCGCCGCAGAGGACCCCGUAUCAACCACCUCUGACUGGAACAAGGUUCUGCGCUAUUUUGACUAUGUGUUUACCGGCGUCUUCACCUUUGAAAUGAUUAUUAAGAUGAUCGACCAGGGUCUGAUCCUCCAUGAUGGCUCGUAUUUUAGAGACUUGUGGAACAUCCUGGACUUUAUCGUGGUGGUCGGCGCUCUGGUGGCCUUUGCCCUCACCAAUGUGUUGGGAAACAACAAGGGAAGGGAUAUUAAAACCAUCAAGUCCCUGAGAGUGUUACGUGUCCUCAGACCCUUGAAGACUAUCAAGAGGCUUCCAAAACUCAAGGCUGUGUUCGACUGCGUGGUGACAUCUCUGAAAAACGUCUUCAACAUCCUGAUUGUCUACAAGCUGUUCAUGUUCAUCUUCGCCGUCAUCGCUGUGCAGCUCUUCAAAGGGAAGUUCUUCUACUGCAACGACAGUUCAAAGGACACAGAGAAGGACUGCCAGGGUUACUAUAUCGACUACGGGAAGGACAAGAAAGAGGUGAAGAAACGGGACUGGAAGAGACACGAGUUCCACUACGACAACGUCAUCUGGGCUCUGCUGACUCUCUUCACAGUGUCUACAGGAGAAGGCUGGCCUCAAGUCCUGCAGCACUCGGUGGACGUGACAGAGGAAGACCGGGGGCCAAGUCACAGCAACAGGAUGGAGAUGUCGAUCUUCUACGUCAUUUACUUUGUAGUCUUUCCAUUCUUCUUUGUCAACAUCUUUGUGGCUCUCAUCAUCAUCACCUUUCAGGAGCAGGGGGAUAAGAUGAUGGAGGAGUGCAGCCUGGAGAAAAAUGAGAGGGCGUGCAUCGACUUUGCCAUCGGUGCUAAGCCGCUGACCCGUUACAUGCCCCAAAACCGCCACACCUUCCAGUAUCGUCUGUGGCAUUUUGUGGUCUCGCCCUCUUUUGAGUACACCGUCCUGGCUAUGAUCGCUCUCAACACAAUUGUAUUGAUGAUGAAGUAUUAUUCAGCCCCGCCCGCCUAUGAAGCAGUACUGAAGCACCUGAACACAGCGUUCACUGUUCUCUUCUCUAUUGAAUGCAUCCUGAAGAUAAUGGCCUUUGGUUUACUGAAUUACUUUCGGGACACAUGGAACAUUUUUGACUUCAUCACCGUCCUUGGCAGCAUUACUGAGAUUAUAGUCGACUUGCAGUUUGUGGACACAUUCAACAUGAGUUUCUUGAAGCUGUUCCGAGCAGCACGUCUGAUCAAACUGCUGAGACAAGGCUACACCAUCCGGAUCCUUCUGUGGACCUUUGUGCAGUCCUUCAAAGCGCUACCUUACGUUUGCUUGCUCAUCGCCAUGCUGUUCUUUAUCUACGCCAUCAUAGGCAUGCAGGUGUUUGGAAACAUUAAGCUGAAUGAAGAGACACACAUUAACCAACACAACAACUUCAAGUCCUUCUCUGGUGCUCUGAUGCUGCUCUUCAGGAGUGCCACAGGGGAGUCCUGGCAGGAGAUCAUGUUGUCCUGUCUUGGUGGGCAACACUGUGAGGCAGACCCUGCUAACCCUCUGCGUGCCCUGAGCACUGAACAAGAAGGAGGCUGUGGCUCGGAUUUCGCCUAUUUCUACUUUGUGUCCUUCAUCUUCUUCAGCUCCUUCUUGAUGCUGAACUUGUUUGUGGCAGUCAUCAUGGAUAACUUUGAGUACCUGACUCGAGACUCAUCCAUCCUGGGACCCCAUCACUUGGAUGAGUUUGUCCGAAUCUGGGGGGAGUAUGAUCGAGCUGCCUGUGGUCGCAUCCAUUACACCGACAUGUAUGAGAUGCUGACAAACAUGUCACCACCUCUAGGCCUGGGCAAGAAAUGCCCCUCCAAGGUGGCUUAUAAGAGACUAGUCCUGAUGAACAUGCCUGUGGAUGAGGAUAUGUCCGUGCACUUCACGUCCACCCUCAUGGCCCUCAUCCGCACCGCCUUGGAGGUCAAGAUAGCCGGAGGAGGGGAGGAUCGCAAUCAGAUGGACUUGGACCUUCAGAAGGAAAUUAGUGUCAUCUGGCCUCACCUCUCUCAGAAGAUGCUGGACCUGCUGGUUCCCAUUAACAAAGCGAGUGACAUGACCAUUGGCAAGAUCUACGCCGCAAUGAUGAUCAUGGACUACUACAAGCAAAGCAAGGCCAAAAAGCUUCGGCAGCAGCUGGAGGAGCAGAAACAUGCUCCCAUGUUCCAGCGUAUGGACGCCUCCUCUUUGCCGCAGGAGAUUAUCUGUAAUGCCAAAUCACUGUCCUUCCUCAGACACAGUGCAGGAUCAGCUCUCACCAAAGGAGGCUUCGUGGCCCUGAGCCCCAUUUCCCCCCAAGAGAUGAUCUCGCAGCAGCGGCCUUGCUCCAAGGCGGGAGAGGAGGAGAGUGAUGAUUACUACUCACCGUAUCACCCUUAUCACUUCCCUUAUCAUCACCAUCACCACCAUUUAAACACACUGGUGCCUGACGUAGUGGAGUACAACCAAGUGAAGCAGCAGUCUACGCCGGACCCAACAGCCGCCAAAUCACCUCAACACAUGUCUUCCAUCAGAGCGUCCUCUAUGCCCAGACUGGCUAUGGAACCUCAGCCUGGAAUGUCAGCAGACAGAAAGCUCAUGAAGCGCUCCUUUUCCACUAUCGGAGACCAGUGUGUGAACCACCUGUGGCAAGAACAACAUUCCCUGGAGAGAGUCAGCCCUGACAGCACGUACAUGCUUCAUCAGAAGAGUUACAGAGGCCUAAGAACCAAUCAAAACAGUCAUGAGCGAGGGCGCUCUAAAGAACGUCGCCACCUGCUGUCUCCAGACGUGUCCCGCUGCAACUCUGAAGAGUGCAGCCGAGACCCGUCCUGCGAAAGGAGACGCUCCCUCUCGCCUAAAGAAGGACACCCUCGCUCUUUGCAGAGACAGUUCAACACCACAAGCAGUCAUGCCCAUUCAGCUCCGGAGUCCAAUACCACUCGUAACCGGCGUCAGCUUCCACAAACCCCCUCCCGCCCCCGUCCUCACAUAUCUUACUCCCCUUUGGUGUGCCAGGAACAACCCCCCAGCACGCCGGCGCCCCCCUCUGCAGGACCAAGCCCCCACCGGGUCCAGCAAGGCCCCUUGAAGGAGUCGUCCUCGUCCAAUCCGAGUCAUCCUUCUCCCCACCGUUACAUAUCUGAGCCAUAUCUUCCAUUCCAUGAGAACCUGAGGGGCGGCCAGGCAGGUGAGAAGCAACAGGAUACCCUGACAUUCGAGACCGCCGUGGCUACGAGUUUGGGUCGGGCCAACGCUAUUAGCUCCGCCCCUCAGCUGAGACACUCCUGGCAGGUCCCUAAUGGGCAUUUCCAGAAGAACUUAGCGCAGGGUUUCCCGGCCAACACUGGUGAAUGGGUGAGUGACACAGAUGAGGACGACCGCUGCUAAAAUUGGAACUGGAAUCUGGAAAAAAAAAAACGGAUUGGCUGUUAUCAGUAAAAGUAGCAUCACAAGCAGAACUAAACACCACUGCCAUUUAUCAGCAUUGUUUGCUGUUGUGUAUUUGUGCUGUGCCUGGAAGGACUCAACAAAUGGAUGGAUGUGUGCUACAUUAAGCCUUUGUUCUGCUUUGUUGUUUACUUGAACAAAACUUGUUAGAUGUGAGCUGAAAUAUUGAUAAGGACUUUCUUAAAAGAGUGUUUUUGUGAUAAAGUCAAAGGUUAUGUAUAGUAGAUGAGAGGGCCUAGCUUGCAGGUGUCUGAUGGCGUCAAUAUCUUCCACACUAAAUUCAUCAAAGGAUGUCUGAAUAGACCUUGCUUUGUGCACUGGGGAACAGAAUCAAUCCAUCAAUCAAAGUUUAUUCAUGUGGCCGUAAAUCCCAAGUGUCUCAAAGGGCUGCAGAAGCCACAACUACAUCCUCGGCUCAGAUCCCACUUCAGAACUGAUAACAUUUGCUACUGGUAAAAUUUGUGCUUGACUAAUUACACUAUUGACCAGAACAUAAGAGUGUAUUUUUUUCCGUUGAAAAAAGUCUGAUAAAGACAUAACCAUCUUCCAUUCAGAGUCUAGAUAAUCAUUCAUUUAAACCAGGGGUCGGCAACCCAAAACUUCGAAAGAGCCAUAUUGGACCAAAAAUACAAAAAAGAAAUCGGUCAGGAACUGCAAAAAAUUAAAAGCUGUAUGUAAGUCUUAUAAUGAAGGCAACACAUGAGGUAACUGUCUAUAUUAGCUAUAAAAGCCUACUAUCAAAAUGACAUAGUGGUUAGAGUGUCUGCCCUGAGAUCAGUAGGCUGUGAGUUCAAACCCCGGCUGAGUCAUACCAAAGACUAAAAAAAUGGGACCCAUUACCUCCCUGCUUGGCACUCGGCAUCAAGGGUUGGAAUUGGGGGUUAAAUCACCCAAAAUUAUUCCCGGGUGCGGCUACUGCUCCUGCCCACUGCUCCCUUCACCUCCCAGGGGGUGAAAAGGGGAUGGGUCAAAUGCAGAGGACAGAUUUCACCACACCUAGUGUGUGUGUGUGACAAUCAAUGGUACUUUAACUUUACCUUAACUUGACUAUGUGUCGCAGGCUAAAGCAAAUCUUCGUUGACAGAAAUGUUGAAAUGUAUCAUUUAUUCUACACAUUUUUACAAAAUUAGAAACCAUUAGUAAAUCAGAAGGUGAGAUAACUCCCGGAAACUACUGGCUUUUAAUGACCAAAGGUAUAAGUGUGUGUGUCCAAGUUAAAGGAAACGGCAGGCUAUUUUCUUUUAGUAGAUUUAUUACAAUCUUUGGCAAGCUAGGUAACAUUUGCUGUGGUCUGGAACAACAUGUCACACACACAUAUCAGGCAAAAAAUGAUUGUAAAUGCAGCCAAUAUUACAUACAGAUAAUGUGUCAUGCGACAUGCAAAACUAAAUUAUAUCCAAAGAGGAUAAAAGUAAAGGAAAUUAAAUGAUCUCAAAUAUACCACAAAUUAGGCAUAAUGAUGCAUUAUGUACAUACAGCUAGUCUGAUUAGCACUCCAACAAGUCAAUAACAUCAACAAAGCUCACCUUUGUGCAUUCCCGCACAGCAUGAACAUUUUGGUGGACUAAAUGAGACAAAGAAGGAGUUGAAGAUUUUACAUGUAAACAAACAGUCCACACGAUGGUGAGUUCAAGAACCGCCGUAAUUAGUAGAACAAAACGAUGUUCACCAAAUACUCUCAUCAGUGACGCGUACACACAAACAUAUUCAACAGUGGGCGUUCUAACAAUUGGGAAGUUUUGUGUCACGUUUGUCCUCAAACAAAAAACAUACUAAAACAAAAACAAAAAAUGUUCCCCAUCUUUUUCCAUUUUCAAUCUUUUUUUUAAAAAUGCUCCAGGGAGCCACUAGGGUGUGCGAUAAAGAGCCACGGGUUGCUGACCCACGAUUUAAACCAACAGAUGGCACCAAGUGACCUAUUCUCCCAUUAGCCAGAGCUUUUCUUCCUGUCACUCAAAAGAGUUUAAAAUCUUGGAAAGUUAACAAAUAACAGGGAAUUAAAAUUCAAUAACUAAGAAAUAUGGUAGUAGGGGUGUUCCAAUACAAAUGUUUCACUUCCAAUACUAUACUCAUAUUGGUUUUUUAGUGGAUACUGUCUAAUACGCUCCUGCUUUGAUGACUUUGGGCCUGAUUUACUAAGAUCCAAAUUCCAUGCGCUUGAAGUGUAAUUCUGAUCUUGUCGUCUUUGUCCGAACAGAGGUCUGGUUUUAAAUAGACGUCGGAGACACUUUACUGAACCAAAAGUUGCUUUAUUACAAGCGAGCGUCAUUAAACAUGUCUGAAGUACCCGGAGGAACAUAGGUAAAAAAAAUUAAUGAUUCCUGAACUGGAGAAGCCAAACCAUCCGUUAUAUAUUCCUUCUUUCUCUGUCUGGGUGUGUGUUAAGUCAGGAUAGCACAACCUGACCAUGUGACUGGAAAACAACACAUGUAUAACAUAACUUGUUGGUUUGAUAUUUAAGAUAAACAUGGAAUCUCUCCGCCAGGAUAGAGCUAGAACUUUUGCAUUCCGAAGCCUGGUUGUAUUGCUCCUUCUUGUGAGAGAGCUAAUUCCAGUCCACAUGCCAAUGUCCAACUAAGGUGCCUUAUCUUAUCAUGUGCUCAAACUGAAAUACCACUGCUUACUCAAACUUGGUGAUAUGCUUUCUCCAACAUGAAUAUGAACAUUCACCAUAUGUAGAACAUAAUAUGAGUUAAUUGAUACACUUCACGCUAAAAAGCGUGCGCAAAAAAUAAAAUAGCAUGCGUGGGUGUGUGGUGUGCAUACUUGCCAACCUUGAGACCUCCGAAUUCGGGAGAUUGGGAGUGGGGGGUAGC